AUGUCUACCACAACCGCUUCCAACACCAACGAGCCACCGCCACCAAACAAUGAUGAUCCUCCACAGCCACCGUCGGUAUUUUCAACAUUACCAGUGGACAUCGUUUUAAACAUCUUGGCCCGAGUCCCAAGAAACCAUCAUCCAAUGCUCUCUUGCGUCUCCAAGAACUUCCGAUCCCUCGUACGUUCCUCCGAGCUUCACAUGACUCUAUCUCUCCAAGGAAAUGAUGAUUCCUUUUACGUCUGCUUUAGAGACUUUGACUCUCCUUCCCUAACCUAUCACUGGUUCACUCUCGAUGAUGAUCAGAGACGUUUAGUCUCGGUCCCUUUCCCUUCUCCGCCUGAGCCAAACUCUGCUGCUCUCAUGAUUGGUCACGAGAUCUAUCUCGUAGGCGGUUAUCGCAACCAUUCUUGCAGGAGCAUAUGGAUCCUCGAUUCCCGGUCAGCAGCAAUGCGCAAGGCUCCACGUAGGCAUGUGGCCUGCUGUUUUCCAGCAGUGGGACUUGUUGACGAGAAGAUUUACAUGUUUGGAGGUCACCAAGAUGAACACAACGAGAUCCAAGCGGAAGUGUUUGACACAAAGACGCAAACAUGGGAUGUUGCACCAAAUCCGGAUAUGCGUGUGAAAUGCGUAUCCAUGUCGGCGGUAAACCCUUCCUUGGACAGUAAGAUUUACGUGAGAGAUACUGAUGGACAAGUCAUAGUUUAUGAUCCUAGCGAUGGUAAAUGUGAGAAGAUUUAUGAUGUACAAGAUGAUGUUAGUUUGUGGAGUCAGGAUGUGUGUGUGAUAGACAAUGUUCGCUACAUUUACCAAGAAUGUUUUGGGUUGAUGUGGUAUGACUCUGAGGAUAUGGAAUGGAGAGAAGUUACUGGUUAUAAGCUCGGAUACUGUUCUGCCAACAGAGUCACAUUGGCUGAAUACAAAGGAAAGUUGGCAUUUAUACGGGAAUGUUAUUGUAGCACAAAGAAGAAGACGGAGAUUUGGUGUGUAAUCCUUGCGUUGGAACGUGAAGGGGAUGCGUUAGAGAUUGUGGGGGAAGUUGAGUGGGCUGGUCUCAUACUUUCCGUUCCUCAUGGCUAUGAGAUUAUGCAUUGUUUAGGUCGUACGGAUUGA